GCUUGCGGCGAGGAGUGCUGCGGCGGCGGCGGCCAUGGCGGGGAUGGCUGCUGCGGCGUUGGUGGCGAAGAGGUGCAUGAACGCCGCAUGCGGGGCUCCGGCUCCGUCUCCGGCGGGUGGGGAGUGGAGGAAGGGAUGGCCGUUGCGAUCCGGUGGCUACGCCGUGCUGUGCGACAAGUGCGGGUUGGCAUAUGAGCAGCUUGUGUUUUGUGAUAUAUUUCACCAAAAGGAAUCUGGCUGGAGGGAAUGCUCAUUUUGUGGGAAGCGUCUCCACUGUGGAUGUAUUGCGUCGAAGAAGUCCUUUGAUCUACUUGAUAGUGGUGGAGUUCAAUGUGUCAAUUGCAUUAAAAAUUCAGCAGUUCAAUCUGUUUCAAGUCCAGUUGUACCCAAGAUUUUUUCAUCUCAAAAUAACCCAAGACUUUUUGGAAAAAGUGACGAGUUAUUGUCAGGUAGACCACUGGAGACACCCUCCCUUAUGGUCGAUGCCAGAAAUGAUGAUCUUACUAUUAUUGCUAAGACCAACCAUCCAUUCAUGGUGAAAAACAUAGAAGCCGGACAAUGCAGUAAUAUUUUGAGGCAACAAGAACUAGAGAAUGGUUCAAGACAGGUUAAAUGGGAGCUUCCUACCCUUAAUAUCAGCGACAUGCGAAGGAUGCCUUUCCUAACUAGAUCUCAAAGUGCGUUAGAGUCUUCUCAGUGUGCUCGAAGAGAUGAAAAUAAAGAUCCAACUGCUGAAAGCACGACAAGUGAAUCACUUUCUGAGGCAUGCCUCAAUAUGAGCUUGGGAAUUGCUAGUAAUGGAAACAAGUUAGAGGCUACUUCAACAGUGGAAAGACCUACGCUAUCUCCAACUACAGGAUUUGCUGAAGGAAGAGAGCUUACCACUGCAUUGUCUCCAUUUCAGCAUGCACAAAGGGCUCGUCAUUUUCUGACCAGACCACCGAGAGUUGGUGAAGGUGCUGUUUUUGAUCCAACGAAAGAUAUGCUUCCACAUCUUCGUGUUGCGAGGCCACCUGCAGAGGGUAGGGGCCGCAAUCAAUUGCUUCCUCGAUAUUGGCCUAGAAUAACAGACCAGGAGCUACAGCAAAUUUCUGGAGAUUCAAAUUCCACCAUUGUCCCCUUGUUCGAGAAGGUUCUAAGCGCUAGUGAUGCAGGCCGCAUAGGGCGCCUUGUUCUACCAAAAGCCUGUGCGGAGGCAUAUUUCCCUCCAAUUUCUCAGCCAGAAGGUCGUCCGUUGACAAUUCAAGAUGCAAAAGGCAAAGAAUGGCAUUUUCAAUUUAGAUUCUGGCCAAAUAACAACAGCAGAAUGUAUGUAUUGGAGGGUGUUACACCAUGCAUACAAUCAUUACAAUUACAGGCUGGCGAUACAGUGACUUUUAGUCGGAUAGAACCUGGAGGGAAACUUGUUAUGGGCUUCCGGAAGGCCACAAACACUGUCAGUUUGCCGGAUUCACAGAUUUCAGCUAUUGCCAACGGUUCCAUUCUUGGUGAUUCAUUAUUUUCUAAUACAAAUGAGAAUCUAGCAAUAGUAAGUGGUUAUUCAGGAUUUCUUCAGUCAAUAAAGGGGGCUGCAGAUCUCCAUACAAGUUCUCUGUACGAUCAUCAUGUGAACUCAGCUGAUGGGGAUGUUAGUUGGCUUAAGGCAGAUAAAUUCGGCAGCAGGCCAGAUGAGGGCUCUUUGCAGUUUUUAAAGAGGGGCCGCAAUAUUGGUUCCAAAAGCAGGAGGCUUUCAAUGGAUGCCGAAGAAGCAUGGGAACUAAAACUUUACUGGGAUGAGGUUCAGGAACUGUUACGUCCUGCUCCAUCUGCAAAACCUACUGUCGUGAUGAUUGAGGACUAUGAAAUUGAAGAGUAUGAUGAACCUCCUGUGUUUGCGAAGAGAUCAAUUUUCACCAUCCGUUCUACUGGGGAACAAGAUCAAUGGAUUCAGUGUGAUGAUUGCUCAAAAUGGCGCCGGUUGCCACUUAAUGUUAUUGUUGCUUCUAAGUGGACAUGUGCCGACAACACAAUUGACCCAAAAAGCUGUUCCUGCUCGGCACCUGAAGAAUUGACCCCAAAAGAGUUGCACAUUGUUCUUCAGCAGUAUGAAGAUAUGAGGAGGCGAAAGAACAGCUUUGGUUUCAAGCAGAGCAUGCCCGAAAUGGAUGCGGCCAGUCUUGACGCCUUGGCCACUGCUGCAGUCUUUGGUGAGGUCGGGAACCAAGGUGUCCCUUCUGUUGCGACGACGACGAAGCACCCCCGGCAUCGCCCUGGCUGCACCUGCAUAGUGUGUAUCCAGCCACCUAGUGGGAAGGGCCCAAAGCACAACCCGGCGUGCACCUGCAAUGUCUGCAUGACUGUCAGGCGUCGCUUCAAGACACUGAUGAUGAGGAAGAAGCAACGACAGUCGGAGCGAGAGGAGGCCGAGGCGAGCAAGAAGAUCGCCUGGAUGAGCAGAGAUGAGCCUGAGGGAAGCAGCUUGUCAAGAUCCCCGCAGACGAUGGACACUACCCGAGACGGAGAUGUGACGAUGGCUGACAAGGUUGACAUCAACAAGGGCCACAUCGACCUGAACUUCCACCCUACCACCAUCCGCGACGAGGAGCAGCACGGCGGGCCACAGCCUCGGAUGAGCAUGGUCAGCCUCCUGGAGGUCGCCAACCGGCCCCUGGAGAACUACAUGAAGCAGAACGGCCUGACGAGCCUGGCUGGGGAGCAAGGGAGCUCCAGCACAUGCACAGGUGCUGCAGCCACGGCUCCACAGCCUGCUCCGGUGGAGAGCGAAGAGCGGACGUCCAACACCGAGGGCGGGCGCGUGCCGUCGGCGGAGCAACCGGAGAGCAUGGCCGUCGACGAGGCCGGAGAUAACCCGCCGGACAAGGCUGCUGCUGCUGCCAGUGACGCUGCUGCUGCUUGAGCUUGAGCUUGAGCGUCAGCGUCAGUGUGUGAGGUUGACAGGAUGGGUAUUGAAUUUGUUGUGUGCGUUAUCGGCUUCCCGGUUUUCUUUCUUUUUUUCUUACAGGAACAGCAGCUGGUGAGUUUUGAUGUAAGAAUCUGAUAGGGUUUCAUUGUGUCUCUUGUAGCCUUUUCAUUUGCGCUCUCGUGUAAAAACACACCUGGAGAAGGCUGAAUGACACUGACUGUGCGUCUACUGUAAUUUUAACGACGAGGCUCACCUCAUUUGCUCAUACCUCGGUGGGCAGCUACUGUUCUUGUA